UGGCCAUCGAUCUUCUAUGCCCAUGGUGCCGUUUCCCUAUUUCUCUUCAUCACUUAUGGUCUCUUCUACCGAAACUCUCCCGGAAAGCAUCCUUUCGUUGGAAACGUUGAGCUGCGCAAGAUUAGCAUUGGCAAAGUCGGCAACGUUGAGUAAGUUAAGCUAGAU